AAGAAACUGUUUGAUGAACUAGAGAACCAGUGCUUUGAGCUGGACAAAAAAAGUCAAAUGGCACUAGCAGGAGACAGUGAAGAGAAUGAUGAAAAGUUCCAGGCAUUCAGAGCUGCCCAACUACAAUUUACAAGAACAGCACAACAAUUUAAUGAAAAAGGCAAUUAUUUACAGGAGUUGCUGAAUUUACAAAGUCUGCAUGCUAAUGUAUAUCAUGCCUGCCUACUUUACACUACUACAGGAGGAGAUAGACAAACUCCUUGGAAAUGCAAAGGAGGAGGUAACAAUAAUGUAUUUGUGCUUUCCAGUAUCACAGCUGUACAGUUCUCCCAUUCCAUUGCACAUGUUUCAAACCCAUGUUAAUUUUUUUAGUUAAAUAAGUUAUGAUUUUGUUUUAUAGAUCAUUUAUUUGUAAUAUUACACUGGCUCAAUUUUUCAAAUUAUAGCUACUAAACAGUAGGUCAGAUAACCCAGAUUUAAAUAGUAUUAUCUAAACAUUAUAGGAAAAGCUUGCAAAUGAACAAAUGGAAUUGGCUGCCUUUGAGAAAGCCAAUGGACCACUACCAGUUCAUUUGGGUGAGGUUCUCAAGAAAAUGAAUGUCGAGAGACAAGCUUACCAUGGAAAAUCAUUCAUUGGUAACCAUGUGCACACUUGCUGCAAGGUAGCACAAAUUCUACCCUUAGAAUAGGAAUUUGUUGAGUCACAAAAUUCUUUUGAAUUUUUUUUUUUUUGGUAGGAAGACAACAUCAUUAAACUAUGCAGUGCUGUGGUGACAAAAACAGUGGAGCUGUGUCCUUCCUUCCUUUCUCAAGCAAGAGAAAUUAGCGUGAAAUUCAAACAAGUUUUCAAGUUAUUUGCUGCUUGCCACUUUGUCUAUGACAGUGCAGACUAUCUCAAUGAUAGCAACAUUGAUAAGCUAGGUAAGCGAAAGAAAAAACUUGACUUUCAUGGAAAACAUGAAUACAGUAAUAAAAUCAUGUCUCAAGUCCACCUUUUCUUGUUUUCUUGUUGCAGAGGAAGACAUCACAGAUUUUCCUCAGUUCAUUAGGGAAAAAUUCCCAGACAUGACAAUUACACCAAAGCUGCAUAUGCUAGAAGAACAUGUUUGCCCUUUUCUUCGACAAUGGCACAUGGGCCUUGGAUUCUAUGGUGAACAGGGGAUUGAAGGAAUACACUCUGAAUUCAAUACCCAGUCCCAGCAUUUUGACCAUGUGAAGGAAAAGGAUACGAGAUUGCUUCAAAUUCUUGUGAACCACCACAUUGCCACGAGUCCGGAACUAGCAGGGAAAGCUCCCAAACCCAAAGAAAGAAAUUUAAAACGAAAAGCGAACGAGUAA